AUGGCACGGGAGAGGCUGCCCGGGAGGGGCUGCUGUGCCCUGCGCCGCUGUCUGCUCGCCGCCGCUCUGCUGCUCGGCCUGCGGCUCUGCGCGGAGCUGCAGCGCGCCGGGCCCCAGCCCCCAGCCCUCAGUUCCCCGCCAGGCCAGGCCCCCCGACCGCCCGGGUCGCACCUGCAGCCCGCGCCCGGCCAGCGGCGCGGCGCCAGCCGGAGGCAGGUGACCUACGUGCGCAGCGGGCGCCGAGCGCCGGCGCGGGGCGGCAGGAGUGGGACGCCGGAGCCUGGCUGCUGCGCCCUGCGCGGGCGUCCCCGCCGGAAGGGUCCCCGGUGGCAAAUAGACCUCCAGCCUUGGGCAGGCCCUGCUCGCUCCCUGGAUGAAGAAGCCUUGAGGUUCCUGAGAUACAUCAGCACCAUUCAGAUUGCAUGUGAUCACAUGAGCACAGACAGCCUGGCUACUGCCUCCAGCCCUACAAAAAAGCCCUGGUCGGUCUGUCUCGAUGACAGGUUUGGGUUAGUUCAUCAAAUCCGCAUCAAGCAGUGCCGCCUCUAUUCGUUAGGCCUAGGAAGUGAUGAUACCCAUUUUGAGGUUGGCAUGGCCAACAAUGGAUGUGAAGUGCAUCGUUUUGAUCCUAGUGUUAAAUCAGCUCAUGUUCUGGAAAGUGAGCGUCUUUGGUAUCACCGUUUGUCCAUCGACUGGCGGGACCCCCAUCCAGCUGUUGCUGCCCAAAAACCGUAUAGCAACACCAGAAAACUGGGAACCAUUUUGAAUGAAUUUGGGCAUCACAAGAUUGAUGUUCUCAAAGCGGAUCUGGAAAGCGCAGAAUGGAAAGUUUUGGAAAAUCUUAUUCUGGAAGAUGUCCUCGAACAAAUUGGACAGCUCAUCUUUGAGAUCCAUCUCCACUGGCCCGGGUUUGAGGUCAGCGGCAGUGACAGCAGUGUUGUGCGCUUCUGGUACAGCCUCCUUAAAGAGUUAGAACUGCAGGAUUUCAGGCUUUUUCACAGUUACAAAGACUUAUCUAAACCUCAGCUUUUCCUGAAAAAAGAUAUUUUCAAUGCGAGUAGCUGUUAUACUCUGGGUUGGGUGAAUACAAGAUGGAAAUAGGACACAGGAUCUCAUCAAGAACUCAAGGAAAUAUUUGCAGCAGGGAACAUGUCCAUGAUUCUAGUUAUUGGUUUACUUGUCUAGGCUCCCACUAGCCUGUGACUUGCUUGAGGCAGAAGUUGUGUUAUUAGCUUUGUAGUACAUGUGGCUUGGCAUAUGGUAGGGGAACAGUUAACACAUGUUGAGGGGACAGACACAGGAGUCAACCUCCAUCUGCCCAAACCCAAGCUCUAUGCCUUUUGCCUCAGAGUGGAAAUGCUUGUCCUUCCUUACCUCAACUUGGAAGAUAAUCCCCCAUUUAUCUCAGUUUUCCCUAAAAUUAAUUAUGUAUCUAUAAAUCAUGAGUUCACCACCAUGAAAAAGAAAUUAUAUAACAUUUCUAUUUUUCCUGGGUUGAUGAGAUCCUUAAAUAUGUAGCCUGCUGUUUAAAACAGGGCCUUUCAUUUGCUAUUCACUCACCUUGCUCAAGGAUUUUCUUGUUCACUGUGUCAAUAACAUUCUUUACAGCCUUGUAGAUUUCAAUCAUUCCUCCUCAACCUUUGCUGAAGCCAUGCUGUGACUUUAUAAGAACCACUGAUUCUAAUUUCUGGGAAUGCAGACACACCAAAUUCUGUAACUGAGUAAGAAAGACUAGACUAUCAUGUUCUUCAACUCAGGAUUCUUUUUAUGUUCAGCCUUAAAUCCCCUCUGUUCCCAUGAAACUAAAUCCAAAACAGAAUUUGAGUGUCUUCAAACCUGAUUUCUCAACUAUGGACUUGCCUAUGGUGUCAUUAUUAUUAUUUUUUUUAGUACAUUAUCUCCAAGAUUAAAUGAGAUUUUCCUUUCUGCCAACUGGCAUUCAUUGUAAGCCUGUGGCCUGAGGGCCAGAUUCUCUCUUUUUCCUGGGAUAGAUACAGUGUGGUAAUAUCAAACACACGGUAUAUAUUUUAUAUAUUUUUAAAAAGUAAGCAGGGAAUGCAUAUUCUCAAUAGUUUAAAUGAUCUCCAUCUUUUCUGUCUACAAGAAUUAGACAUUUACUUCUAUAAAUGAUUUUCUAAAAUCCUAUUUCAAAUAAAUUAAUUAAAUAGUGUAAAAAUAAAUCAAAUUAUUACCUUUGAUAUAUUAAAUACAUCUUCUGGCAUUUUCUAUAUCCCAAGAGAACAGUAAUACAUACACUGUUUGUUUAAGAAAUUUUGGGAGAAAGUAGAGUACUGAUUACUACUAGACCUUAAUUCCUUAUCCCCAUUGUUUUACCUCCUUCUACUCUAAACAUUCCCUGGGUUGGCUUUUUUGCUUUUUGCAGUGGUUUGAAAAUAUUCCUCAGGUGAGAAGCCAAAUACAAUGGAGUUAUAUCAUCUUACUAACUUGACUUCAAAAGGGAAUAAGACUUUCUGAAUUAGUAGUGAUGAUUUUUUUUUUUAAGUAUAAAUGAGGUUUUUUAAAUUAAAACUUACAGGACAUUAACAAAAGUUAUUGAUGUGACUGGGCCAGCUUGAAUAAGUUAGCAGUUUAGUUGCUUUCAAUGUCCCUAGGUAUUUCAAAAGUACAAAAAGUCCAUAAAACUCUAAAGUGGUUUAUCUUUUUAGUUUGCAUGGUAUAGCCUCCAAAACAAAGUUAACUUUAGUCCUAAUCCUGUUUGGAUUAUAUCAUAGAUUACCUUUCACUUUUAAUAAAAAUUUUAUACAUUAAACACAGUAGAUCUUUUUUAUUUAAACCUUUUAACCCUUCUUAUACACCAAGGUAUGAGUUAUACUGCUUCCCUGGUGACUCAGCUGGUAAAGAAAUCCGCCUGCAAUGCAGGAGAUCCAGGUUUGAUCCCUGGCUCGGGAAGAUUCCCUGGAGAAGGGAAUGGCUACCCACUCCAGUAUUCUUGCCUGGAGAAUCCUAUGGACAGAGGAGCCUGGCAGGCUACCGUCCAUGGGGUCAUGAAGAGUCAGACCUGACUGAAGUGACUAAACACAUGAAGUAUACAAAUUCUAAGUGUCUAGUAUGAUUAGGUUUUAGAUGUAUUCAUACUCACACCAAGGUUCCUAAUUCAUGGUCUUGAAGAUUAAGAACAUUACUGAAAGCUCCCUUUGUACAGCUGAAGUUACCAUUUAUUCCAGAUUGGUGGUACAGAACAUCGACUUCAUCACACUAUAUCUAUCUAUCUAUCUAUAUAUCUGAAGCAAGAAUGGAUGUACUGUUGAGAAAAAAAUAAAGACAAACUCAAAAUAAAUCACAAACACACCCACCCACACCCACCUACUUAGGCAGCCUGUUCAAUAAUUAUUUGUACUUAUUUUGUGCUUUUUUCUAAGAUUGUCCUU